CGCAGUGGCUGCUUAGUUACCGGCGUUUCGUUGAGGUUGUGAAACAAAAGGCCUACUUUUUACUUAAGUUGUUGUUUUGUGGACUGAAUAAAGUGUUCAAAAGUACGGCUACUUUAACCGUAGGAAAAGUAAAUAACUAUUAAGGUAUUGUUAGUUUGUUGUAAAUAAUAAUUUGUUGCCAAACUAAUUUCGUAUUGAUAAAAAGUAGUUAGUUCAAUGGAGUGCAACAACUAACGUAGUCACCUAAAAUGCUUAUCAUCAGCCGACGCCUGCCAUCUUCGGCGCAUUUAGUAUUAUCAUGGAGAUUCUUCGGACGAAAUCAUACGCAAAUACCAUUUAUCUUGGACCAUAUUUUUAAUACUACAAGCAGGUAUUCGUCAAAUAAAUUGUUUAACCUUUAUUGUUUUAAAGAAAGUAUAAGACCCAUCAUAAGAAAAACCACAUCAAUUUCAAGGUGGUUUCAUGCAACAUCAGUAAUAAGCUCAUCAAAUGCUGAUCGGGUUUUCAUGCCAGUGGAAGAGUUUAUUCGAGCAAAAUCUGAGAAAAACCACAAAGUGAAAGAAGAAAAUGAUAAUCAGGAUGAAGAGAAUAAGAAAAAAACAAACAGUAAUAAUAAAGAACAAGUUUUGAGUGAGAGUGCUGAAGAUGGACAGAAGAAUGUUGAAGAUGUUUUGUUUGACAUGUUUCAAGAUAUCAAUGAGAAGGUUCCUGUGGGCAGAUUUUUGGCUGCUUUAUCUGCCACUGGAUUAAGGAAGGGAGAUCCUCGUUUGAAAGAGAUGAUGACCAAACUACGAGCCACUCACAAACAGUCUCCUGACAUUGGUUCACCAGAAGCUCUGUGUUUGGAUAAGUCUACAUUUAAAAGUGUUGUACGGGAGAACAUUGUUCUUAUUAGCCGAGCAUUCCGCCACCAUUUUGUAAUUCCCGACUUCCAGGACUUUGUUAAAAACAUUGAAGACUUCUAUUGGAAGUGCAAAGUCAACACUAGAGGCAAGGUUGCAUCUUACAUUCCACAGUUAUCCAAAUAUAACCCUGACUACUGGGGCGUUUCACUGUGUACAGUAGAUGGGCAAAGGUAUUCUAUUGGAGACACUGAAGUGCCAUUCACAAUCCAGUCCUCAGGAAAGCCUCUGAACUAUGCUAUAGCUCUGAAUGAGCUUGGUUCUGACAUCGUCCACCAAUACGUUGGUCAGGAGCCGAGUGGUCGCAUGUUCAAUGAACUUGUGUUGGACUACAACAAGAAGCCACACAAUCCCAUGGUAAAUGCUGGAGCUAUUGUUGUUUGUUCCUUAUUACUUAAUAUUGUGGAGCCUGAAAUGAGGGCAUCUGAGAAGUUUGACUGGAUGACACAAUACUUUAAGGCUAUGGCAGGUGGUGAAUACCUUGGUUUCAAUAAUGCCACAUUUCUUUCAGAGCGAGAAGCUGCAGAUCGGAACUAUGCCAUAGGUUUUUACAUGAAGGAAAACAAAUGUUUCCCAGAAAAAGCAAUGUUAAAAGAAAUAAUGGACUUUUAUUUCCAGAUGUGUUCUCUGGAAGUAAACAGUGAAACCAUCUGUAUUAUGGCUGCCACUCUUGCCAAUGGAGGUAUCUGUCCAAUCACAGGCCAGCAAGUAAUUGAUAGUCAUGCUGCUCGUGAUGUCCUUUCAUUGAUGCAUUCUUGUGGAAUGUAUGAUUAUUCUGGCCAAUUUGCAUUUAAGGUGGGUUUACCAGCAAAGUCAGGUGUAUCUGGGUGUACCAUGAUUGUUGUACCUAAUGUAAUGGGAAUCUGUCUUUGGUCACCACCACUAGAUGUUUAUGGUAACUCAGUACGAGGAGUACAGUUCUGCGAGGAAUUUAUUCGCCUCUUCAAUUUCCAUCAUUAUGAUAAUCUUCGACACACAACUCAAAAAAGAGAUCCUCGAAGACAGAAGUAUGAAACAAAAGGGCUUAAAAUUGUUAGUUUGUUGUUUAGUGCUGCAAGUGGAGAUGUGACAGCAAUGAGGAGGCAUUACCUUUCUGGUAUGGACAUGGAACAGUGUGAUUAUGAUGGAAGAACAGCUCUACACUUAGCAGCAGCUGAGGGGUACUCUGAAUGUGUCAAUUUUCUCCUUAAAGUGUGUGGAGUUGAACACAAGCCAAAAGAUCGAUGGGGUCAUACACCUUAUGAUGAAGCCAUGUUAUUUGGUCAUCCAGAAGUUGCUGAGAUUUUAGAGAAGUGGGAGUCAUUGCGAGAAGAAGAAAGAAAGAGUCCUUGUGAAUUAAAGGUAUCUACUCGAAAUGUUAAUCGGACACCUUCUCCGAUUCCAUACAUGCCUAAGUAGGCAGAAUGUAACUGUUUUAUGUUGUAUUUGCUACAUACACUGUUGAGUUGAUAAGAGGUUGACAAGCAGGACUAUUAGAUCAGUAUAUAAUUUCCUUUAUGUGGUGCUUUCAUUUGAAAUUCCAUCAGCUUAAACUUGUAUUCAGGGUCAAGCUUUCUGUGUAACUUAUACACUGGAAUAUAUAAUCUGUCAUCUGUUAUGAUUGUUUCAAAAAUAAAUUCAUCUGAAAUACUUUACCUUUGAUUACAAAGUUAAAAAAAUAAAGAAAAAAUCAAUUAUGUUAACUAACUCCAAACCAAAAAUAUCAUAUUAUUGAUAUAGAUUUUUUUUAGUAAUCGUGGGCAAAAAUAUACAUUUUAAAUAAGAUAAUCCAUAUUUUAUGUUUUGUGAUUACAGAUUCAAAAACAAGUAUCUAAGUCAGUAUCUCAAGUACUUAAUUUUGAGACUCAAACAUUUUUUGUAUAAUAUACAGCAUUGAAUGACAUAACAUUCAAGGUCACUUUUGUGAAGAAACAGUCUUGGUACAUGUGUUGUUUUGUACAUGUACCUUUAUUAUUUUAUACUUUUAGAAUAUAGUGCUAACAUUUUGGCCUUAGUUAUUUCUGGACUACUUCUUUUUAAAAUUUGUAUUCAAAUGCUUAGUUUUUUUUAGCUUGUAUUUGAAUUCAGAUGUAAGUGUUGGGUUAGUGUUGCCAACCACAGAAACUCUGUUUCAUUUUAUCUGAGGAAUUUGUCUAUUGGGUAAGUUUAAAAAUACAAAAUCUGUCUGAUUAAACAUGAUUAAAACUUUGAACUAUAUUUACUUAAGAAAUACUAGUCACAAAAUCAAAAAUCAUUGUUAUGAAAAUUGCUUCCAAAAGAUUUUAUAUGUUGAAUAUCUCAUUCAAUAAUUUAUUUAAACAGUCGAUUGGAAAAUCAAGGUUUCUAAUGUCAUCAAAAAACAAGAAUGUUGGUUACUUAAAGUCAGAAAGAGUUUAUUUUAUUGUUAUUGUUGAAUAAAAUAGUUUGGUAUAAUAAUUCGUUUUUUAUUUAUAAUUUUUGUUCUUGUUGUGUUUAAUAUUGCUUGUUAUACAUACUAUUUUGUAGGAAAAAAAUGUAGAUUUAGUUGAAGAAUGAAACAUUGUUUGAUCUACACUUUUAUUUUAGGAGCUUAUCUCAAUAAAGGUGUAAUUCAGAUUUCUGUGUUGCUAUGUAAUAGCCAUAUUUUUUAUUUUAGUUACACUCAGCACAUUAUUUGAUUGAGUGCAAUAGAAAUGUUAUGUUCCUCUCCCAUUAAAUAUACCCCUUCAUUGUGACGUUUAGAUUUUACAGUUCUUGUUUAAAUGCAUUUAAUGAUUAUUAUUUAUCAAUUGAGUUUUUAUUUAAAAUAUAAAUAAAGUUUAGAAAUGGCCGAGAUUGGUGCCACUAUUUAUAAUCAAUUUUUAUGAAAAGUUGAAUUAGUUUUAUAGCUGUUAGAUAUAUUUUCAUUACAUUGGUACUCAGUAAAUUUAAUUGUAUAUACUAGGAAGAAAUAUUUUCUUUACAUUUCUGUUAUUUGUAUUAAUUUAUUUAUGCAUUGCCAGUGGAUCUUAUUCCUUCAUUACCGUACUUCUGUUUAAUACAAGUUACUUGAUGUUAGUUAAGGAAUAUAUUUAUUAUAUAUAAACAUUCAUAUAGUCAUUUGAAAGUGUUUUUUUUCUCAGCAUGCCUGCAAUGCUGUUCCAUACAAAACUGCUGCACAAAAUAUUUGUGUUAAAAUUAGGUGGCAAAUUUCAGUAGUAGAUAACAUUAAUUUUCUUUCUUUGUGUAUGUAUACCAAAGUGGUUUUAAUGCUUUAUCUUAUGAAUGACACAUUACAUAUUUCACCACUUUUAAAAUUUUUGUGUUAAAAUUAGGUGGCAAAUUUCAGUAGAUAACAUUAAUUUUCUUUCUUUGUGUAUGUAUACCAAAGUGGUUUUAAUGCUUUAUCUUAUGAAUGACACAUUACAUAUUUCACCACUUUUAAAAUUUUUGUGUUAAAAUUAGGUGGCAAAUU